AUGAACGCUCCAGCUGGAGCCGGGUCAGAGGAGGAAAUCGGGGACGGGCUCCAGGCGGAUUCUACAGGGUCAGGGAGGGGCGACAAGCCGGGCUGCCCUUGGAGCGACACAGAAACCGAUUUCCCGGUCGCAGGGAACGAUUUUCCUCAUGCAGUCACCCCUCCCACGCCUCCGCACAGCCCCACAAUGGUGCGGCUCCACACGCGGGCAGCGAGGGGAGGACGCGGCCGCCUGCAAGGGCGGAGGUCGAGCAGGCCAGCGCAUCCCGGAGGGAAGCCCCGGCUGGGCUGGAGAAGCCGCCUGGCUUCCGCACGGCCAUUGUUCUUUCCGGGAACGGGACGCCGCGUAUCCCGCAUCCCUGUCCGCCGGGCGGGGCGGGCUCCCCGCGCCUUUGCGCGCUCCCGCUCCGGGAGGGCUUCGCUCAUUGGGAAGGUCCCACCCCGCCCCUCCCGCCGCCGUUUCGCGUCCCCAGGGACUCGCAGGAGCCCCGGGACACCGCCUCAGGACCGCGGCCGGGAUGGGGAGGGGACCGGGGACGCCCCGCUCGCAAGGCAGCGGAGAAAACGAGCAGCUGCUGCCGGGCGCUUCCCGGGGCGACGGGGGGAGCCCCGCAGGGAUGGCGGGACCGACCCCGCCACCGCCGCCCGCUACCUGCGCCCCCUCCCCCAGCGGGCCGGGCGUUGCCGUGGCGACGGAUCAACACCAUCCCCCGGGACAGGGCUCCGCGGGGGCCACCGGCACGGCACGGUCCUCACCCGCCUCCCAUGGGGAACCCCGUUCCGUUCCGUCCCGCCCCCUCCCGCCGCCGCAGCGCGGCCGCCCCCGCUCAGCGACGUCAGCCCGGACGGGCUUUCCUGCCCCGGCGGCGCCCGCCCGCCUCCAUCGGUCACCGCCCGGGCACCCGCACCGGGGCCGUGUGCCCAGUCCCGUGGGGACCGCAGUGUGCGGUGCCCCCCGCCAUCUCCCCGCCCCCUGUGCAGGCAAAGCUGCACCCGUUUAAGCUGA